UUGUGACUAUUGUCAGUCGUGUGAGUGUUGAUAUUUUUGACCCUUCCAUUGGUGCUGAUUGUUGAGAACGUCGUGACACCGACAAGUGUGGUGACGCCAAUUCGUAAAAUGUCGUACAAUUUUCUUUCGACCACCGACCCUGGCAAGAUAACGAAACUAUGUGGUUUAUAAGUAUCUACUCUCAUGUCGGAUGAAGAAGUUGCCUAUGCUCUCCGAUGGAACAACAAUAUAGCAAUAAUGAUCUUUGGAUUGAUAUCCUAUGAGUACAUACUUCACUUCGAGAAAGAGGUCAAGUUUGUUUGGACAAGAAAAUGGUCAAUGAUGACGUAUCUCUACCUCGCUGUUCGAUAUUUUGGUGUUUUCCUUGCAAUGCUUUGCGCCUGCUGGGGAGGUCUAAUGUACAUUCCUGAACGGGUGAGCUACGUUCUUGCCGUUCUAUUGGAAUGGGGCUUUUCAAUUUAUUUUUGGCUGGCGGAAGUCAUUCUCAUCUGGCGCCUUUAUGCUCUAUACCAAUCCAGGUCCAUACUGUAUGUGCUAAUCGGGUUGUUCUCAAUUGUCGUCGCGAUCUCGGUUGGGAUGGAUAUAUUCUUAUAUAGUCGACCCGUAGCGUUCUCGGGUGAAUUUCUACUUGGAUCGAUUGCGUGCAAGCUGACGUCUCGUUGUAUAGUGCAAGAAAUAGUAACUCCGAACGUCAAGUAUUGCACGUCUUCCUUCAAUAUCGGGCCUAUGCCUGCGAUCUAUGCUUCCAUCCCGAUCGUAUGCUUCGAUAUCUUCCUGGUUAUUCUCGCCGUUCUCGUCCUCGUGAGACACCUUAGAGAACGAAGAGAAAUACAAAUAAAGCCUAACACAUAUAUAAUCCUGAUCGUUCGAUGUCAUAUCAUAUACUUCCUUCUGAAUUUGACAAACCAAAUCUUAAUGACGGUAUUAUGGGCCAACAUUCCACCGGCAGUGAUGAGUCUCUCGGAGGGAUUCAUCAAUUCUGCACCAGUUUAUUGUUGCGCCCCGUCUGAUUGUCAGCAUCUGGGAUACACAUGCCAACGACGAUUGCGCACAUAUCAGUACGGCGUUUGAAGAUUGCAUAUGUUGGACUUUGCCGCCGACAUCCGAGCAAUACGAAAUGGACUAUGCAUGAUUCUAACCAGGGUGAAGGAAAAAUAU